AUGGCUUUCGGUGCCUGGGUCCACAACACCAACGCGCGAGUCGCGCGCAGUCCCGUAGGGAAAUGGUUUCGUCUGGAGGGCUGCGGCCAUCCUAAAGAGAGGAAGGGUAGCUUCUUCUUCACUGAAAUCCGCGCCGGUCUCGCCACCUUCUUCGCCAUGGCAUACAUCAUCUCUGUCAACGCUGGUAUAACCUCUGUCACUGGUGGAACCUGCUACUGUCCCCCGGAAGAUAUGGGUGAUUUCUGUAAAACCAAUGCCGAGUACGCCAUGUGCACACAAGAAAUCAACCGCGACAUCAUCACCGCCACCGCCGCCAUCGCUGCUCUCUCGACUUUCUGCAUGGGUCUCUUCGCCAACCUGCCUAUCGCGCUCGCGCCUGGAAUGGGACUGAACGCCUACUUUACCUACACCGUUGUUGGACCCCGUGGUUCCGGCAUGGUCUCAUACUCGACUGCUCUGACGGCUGUCUUCGUGGAAGGAUGGGUGUUCCUGGGCUUGACCGUGAUCGGUAUGCGACAAUGGCUGGCGCGUGCGCUGCCAAAGUCCAUCAAACUCGCAACUGGUGUUGGUAUUGGUCUCUACCUUGCAUUGAUCGGUUUGACCUACAGUGCUGGUAUUGGAUUGAUUCAGGGUGGCUCUGACACCCCCAUUGAGUUGGCCGGGUGUUCGAGCUUCGACGAACUAACCGGCAUGUGCGCUAGCAGCACCAAAAUGCGCAAUCCUUCCAUGUGGAUUGGUAUCUUCUGUGGUGGUAUUCUAACGGUUUGGCUCAUGAUGUACCGUAUCAAGGGUGCUAUCAUUAUUGGCAUUUUGCUGGUUUCUAUCAUCUCUUGGCCUCGCACUACACCUGUCACUUACUUCCCCUACGACGACCUCGGCACCGGCAGGUUUGAUUUCUUCAAGAAAGUUGUCACUUUCCAUCCCAUCCAGCAUACUCUAGCCGUUCAGGAUUGGAGCCUAUCCGGCAAGGGCAGCCAGUUUGGACUGGCUUUCAUCACAUUCUUGUAUGUCGAUAUUCUGGAUACCACAGGCACAAUGUACUCUAUGGCCCGAUUCGCCGGCGUGAUCAACGAAGAGACCCAGGAUUUCGAGGGCAGCGCCAUAGCCUACAUGGUUGAUGCGAUUUCCAUCUCGAUCGGAUCCCUUCUCGGCAGUCCUCCCGUCACAGCAUUCGUCGAGUCUGGCGCCGGUAUUUCCGAAGGCGGCAAAACAGGCCUGACAUCCUGCGUGACUGGCAUUGCAUUCUUCAUCGCGGUGUUCUUCGCCCCAAUUUUUGCUUCCAUUCCACCUUGGGCUACUGGUUGCACGCUCGUGAUUGUCGGUGCUAUGAUGGCCAAGGCUGCCGCCGAUAUCAACUGGCGGUACUACGGUGAUGCGAUCCCCGCAUUCCUCACUAUCGCCAUUAUGCCGUUCACAUACAGCAUUGCCUACGGUCUGAUCGCAGGUAUUCUCAGCUACAUCACCCUCAAUGGCUUUGCCUGGUCCCUUGACAAGAUCUCCGGUGGUCGCAUUGUUCCACCCAACAAGGAUGAGUCUGAUCCUUGGACUUGGAAGAUCAAGGGCGGUUUGCUCCCUCCCUGGGUUAAACGUGCUCUUCAUGGAAAGGCAGACUUCUGGAAAGCCGAUGAGGAGUAUGCCCAGGAGCGGGUUGUAGCUGGUGAGGCUGUGUCUUACUCUUCCUCGUCAGACGUGCCUCUUGAGAAACGCCAUGAGCCUACCACUGCGCCAGUGAAGUCGGAAUAA